GCGAUUUUGGCUGCUGCCUCACCGGGACCCUUUACCCUGCGUCCUCCCAGGCACGAGGCUGUUUAUUGCCGUGACGUGGGACGGGGACACUCGCUCCUUCUCCCUUUCCGGGAAGGCGAGGAGGGAGGCGGCUGAGGCUGAAGGGCAGCAGGGCCUGGGGAGCUCCCGGUGUGCCCACAGGUUCUGCUCUCUCAUUUGGCCCUAAAACCGAGCCCAGGUCCGGCCCGUCCGUGCUUUCGGCGAUGCUGCCGGGGAAGGCGGAGAAGAGGAUGGUUUCAUCGGUAUUCAUCACCCUGGUGCCACCACGGAGGGAGGAGGCCACCAAGGAGAAAACCCAAAGGGAGCUGCGGCCAGAUGGGGACAAGGUCCCCGGCACCCAUCACCCCUGGACCCCGCUGCCCCGGCCCCCUGCAUUGCCCAAUGGAGAAACCCGCCCAGCAGCCCCCGUGCCUUCAUCCCCGACGGUCCUUGUCCUCUCCGAAGCUCCCCAGCCCUUGUCUGCAGAGACACUGGUUCCGGCGCUGCAGCAAAUGGACCUGGCAGCACCCGCUACCCUCCAGGCCCCUUCUGCCCUCCCUGCCGAAUUGAGGCCGCCCAAAUUCUGCCAGGAGCAAGCUGGCAAGCUGCAGCAGCGGGAUGCAAAAGGGUACCCAGAGAGGGACAGCUCCAGAGACAUCUGCGCCUUCUGCCACAAGGCACUGGGGCCGCGGGAGCCCACGGUGGAGGCGAUGGGGAAGCAGUACCAUGCUGAGUGCUUCACCUGCAGGACGUGCCCCCGGCUCCUGGCUGGGCAGCGCUACUACCAGAAGGAUGGGCGCCCCAUGUGCGACGCCUGCUACCAGGCCACACUGGAGAAAUGUGCCAAGUGCAAGGGGCUGAUCACGGAGCGCAUCGUCCGUGCCCUGGGCAAAGGCUUCCAUCCUGACUGCUUCUCCUGUGCUGCCUGCGGCCGGGCCAUUGGUGCUGAGAGCUUCGCUGUGGACGAGCAGGAUGAGGUGUACUGCGUGGCCGACUUCUACAGGAAAUACGCUGCGGUCUGCAGCGCUUGUGAGCGCCCCAUCAUCCCCCACGAGGACAAGGACACCUACAAGAUUGAGUGCCUGGGACGCAGCUUCCAUGAGAGCUGCUACUGCUGUGAGAGCUGCAGGACACCCCUGUCACCAGAGCUGACGGAGGAUGGGUGCUACCCCCUGGACAACCACCUCCUCUGCAAGUCCUGCCACAUCCGCUGGCGAAGCGAGUCAUCCUGCUAAAACCCUGUGGUUCAACCUCCAUCGUCCAGCCCUGGGCACCAAACGGGGUGCAUCCACUAG